AUGGGCCGUGCCGUACGGCGCAGCCUGCUGGCUUCCUCCCGCGGCCUCCCCGGGCUGGCCGCCUCCCGGCAGCCGCCGGAUCCGCCGCCGCCAUCCUCGGGCCCGCUGCCGCCGCCGCGCUCGCUGAGGCCGCCCAUGGCCGGACCGUGCCCGGCGCGGCUGCAGGGCGACGCGGCCGCCUUCAGCGCGGCCCUGCGCACCCUGGUCAACAACCCCCAGUUCAGCGAUGUGAUGUUCGUGGUGGGCCAGGAGCAGCAGAAGGUGUUUGCACACCGCUGUGUGCUGGCGUGCCGCUGUCAGGUGUUCCGUGGCAUGCUCAGCCAGGCACCAGUGGGCAGCCAGGACUCCUCCAGCAGCGUCCCACCCCAGGGCCCCUUCAUCCUGGGCAACGUGCAGCCUGAGGUCUUCCUGGCCGUCAUUGAGUUCCUCUACACCAACAGUGUCACCCUCAACAGCCACAUAGCACUGGAGGUGCUGACCUCAUCGGUGGAGUAUGGCUUGCAGGACCUGUGCAAGCUCUGUGUCAAGUUCAUCAAGGACACGCUGAGUGUGGAGCAGGUCUGCGAGGCUCUGCAGGCUGCAGUGACCUAUGGGCAGGUGGACCUCCAGCAGCACUGCCUGGCCUUCAUCGAGGGCUGCACCGCGGCAGUGGUGCAGACCCAGGGCUUCCGUGAGCUCUCGGACGUGGUGCUGGCGCGGGUGCUGCGCAGCGACCGCCUGGCCGCGGAUGAGCUGGACCUGGUGCAGGCUGUGCGCGAGUGGGCUCACGUCAGCUCGGCUGUCCUGGAGCGUCCGGUGCCAGAGGUGGCUGCCCUGCCCGUGAGGGAGCUGCGCCUGCCCUUGCUGGCACCCAGCGAGCUGGUGACACUGGAGAGCUACAACCAGCAGGACCUCCUCAUCCCGGUGGAGAACAUCGCGGCAGCCUGGCGUGCCCACGCACUGAGGAGGGGCAGCGGGGUGCCCUCCCGCCUCUGCCGUCCCCGCCGGGGCACGCGGCCCCGCGACCAUCACCGUCACCUUGAGCCACACACCAAGUAGGGGCUGGCAGCGAGUUUUGUCCAGCCCAACCGGGGACUCUGCAGCGGGGCAGGCACUGGGGCUGGGCACUGGUGCUGCCGUGGCCAAGAACAUCAUCGAUAAGAGGAUUUGUUACUGCGUCAGGGGCAGGGCAGGAUGCCUGGGUCACCCCAAAAGUGAUGCAGGGGCUGGGGAUAGGGGAGGGCUGGGCUGUGCGAUGGGUGCAAGGACACUGCAGGCUGCCCAGGCAGUGACCCAAGGGUGGUGGGGCUGCAGAGCUCCCUGCGGGAUGGGGACCCAGGAUGAGCUCCACCUUCCCGGGGCCGUGCUGCCCUCCCCCGGCAGCGGGGCUGUGCUGCAGUGGGAGAGAGCACCAGCGCCUGCCGCGCUGGGCCACGGGGACCCUGGGGCUUGGAGGGGGUGCAGCUAGGAGGGGCCACAUGGACAUCUUUGCACGCACUGCUGCACCGACAGGCUCCCAACCCCCGCCAAGCCGUGCCAGCAGGCCACACACACGCAGCACAGACUGCCAGCCCCCCGUGUGCCACACACACAGUGUGCAGCCCCCCUUGCACCCCCCCUUGAGUGUGUGCACACAGCUGGGUCUGUCUCAAGCACACAUACCCACCCCCCCCCAGCUGUGUUCCCCAGGAGAAAGGGCCAGACACAGCGGGUAAUUUAUAUAUAAUAUAUAUAUUUACUCUUUAAAAAUAAACCUUCAGUCCCCACUACCGCCUGUACAAACUACAAAAAUAAACCUUUGCUCUCUUUGAUAUAAAUAACUUAGAUGGCGUGUUUGGGGGGGGCUGCCCGCCGUGCCCACGCCUGGCACGGGGACAGGGUCCCCAGGGCCACCCCUGCUGAGCGGCAGUGUCGGGGGGCCUGGGGCACAGGCACAGCAAACACCGCUGGAGUUAAAGUGCUGGGUAACGGCGCGGACGGUGCCCGGGAUAGGGACGGGGACAGGGACAGGGGCUGGCUGCAGGGACAGCCCCGUUGCACGGGGACAUGGUAAGAAAUAACGUUUCCCAGCAAGAUGUGCCUGGUGGCACCAUGGGAGCCCACGUCAGCGUGCAGCGUCCUGUGCGUGCUCAAGCCUGUGCCAUCCCCUGGACAGAGCACAAGCGUGACACAGGGGCUGUGACCGUGGGACAGCUCGGGGGCUUGGCACAGCAAGGACCACUCCAAGCAUGUCCCCCUUCCAAAACCCUGCCUGUGUGCUGUGGAGCAACAGGCUCCCUUUCUCCACUGUGGCACAUCCAUGAUCUCUAGCCUUCCAAUCCUUGCCACUGGGGAAACUGAGGCACAGACUAGCAUGUUGGAAGGGGUGAGCUGCCCAUGGAGUAGGGGCACGAACCAGGUCUGUGCCCCCGGGCUCCUGCUGCCUCCAGUGGGCAGCCCUGCACUGGGCAAAGGGUCUGCCCGCUCCCUGCCUGCACCCUGGGCAGCUGGGUGAGGCUUUAGGCUGAGAAAUAAAUCUUUUAAAAUAAGCUUAAAAAUAUAUAUCUCUCUAUAGAUAGUUUCCCUUUGCAAUAAAUAAAGGUGGGGGUGCCCACCCUAGGCCUUGCCCAUGCCAUGCCAGGGCAUAGCUGGCUCUGGGGCUGCCCCCUUAUCGGAACAGGGGGCAUCAGGGCACCCUGUUGGGGUACCCCAGCUCAUGGCCUGGGAUGGGUGGUCCCAGGAGGAGGUGAUGGGGAGCAGGCAGUGACCCCACAGAGGGGGAGCUGGCAUGGCACUGAGUCCACCUUGCCAGCAGCUCCAGAAACAGAGGGGGGAGUUAGUGCUUCCAUUUCUGGGGGGCAACAAGCCCAGGGCAGGAUAACCCCAAGCCCUGGGUGAUGGGACACGGCACCAACGGUACAGCCUCAGGUGAGGGACACGCGGGCAUGGCCUGGCCUGCACACAGCUUGCAUAGAAGUGCCAGCCUGCCCUACCAAGCCCCGGUGCAGGGUGCAGGGGGGCUGGUCCUCCUCGGCCAAGACCACUCUGGCGAUUAGCAGCAUGACACGGGUGACCCCGCUCUGCACCCUCCUGUGCCCACGGGGUGCUGGGGAGAUGCUCUGCCCAGGAACCAG